AUGAAAGAUAAAAAGUCGAAAGGCAAAAGGUCGAGAGACAAAAGGUCGAGAGACAAAAGGUCGAGAGACAAAAGGUCGAGAGACAAAAGGUCGAGAGACAAAAGGUCGAGAGACUCGAGAGACAAAAGGUCGAGAGACAAAAGGUCGAGAGACAAAAGGUCGAGAGACAAAAGGUCGAGAGACAAAAGGUCGAGAGACAAAAGGUCGAGAGACAAAAGUGCUCAUACUACCUACACGAUAGACUGCGCCGGCAAGAAAGGAAUGGAACUGCUUGUCCUGUUGCGGUGGUUCCAAACCGAAUGCAGUAAACGAACCGAACCAAACCUCAAAUGCAGACGCAACGUCAAGUUGGACAUUGACCAACAUUGA